AUGGCCACAUCAAAACUCGACGACUUGGUGGCCGAGUUCCCGCUCUUGGACCCAACAGUCGUUAUCGCAAUCGCGAGUGAGGUGAACCUCCACGAUGCAAGUCAGCUUGGCGAAGUCCGAGGCAUGCUGCAGACCCUCGCGCAGAAUGUCUUGGUCGAAGAGGCAAGCGGUUUCAAUGCCAGUGGUGUCCCUGAUACCUCCGGGUCCAUCGAUGGAGCAGCCGACGCACGGGACGGCUCUACCAACACCACCGAGGGGCUGCAACCAAAAGAUUCCGAUUCUUUUAGAACGGCGCUGACGAGCCCGCCACCCUCGGAACCUGAUUAUGAUGUCCCACGCAUUAAGACAUUUGACGGAGACUCGGACCAAGAGAAGGCUCUGCAGCUCCAAGAAAUGUUUUCCGACCUGAAGAUGCAUGACGUUAGCUUUGCUCUCAAGAAAGCCCAGGGUGACUUCCAAACAGCCCUGGAGACCUUGCUGAACAUCCAAUUCCUCGAGUCCAUCGGCGAGAGACCCAAGGGCAUUGAUGGUUUCUUCCAGGCCGAACUCUCACAGAAGCCUUCUGGAAAAAGAAAGGGCAAGGGGAAGAAACGAAGGGAUCUACGCACGGAUUUGUCGUCGAGCUCCAGCAGCACUCCGGAGGCCUCGCCUGUGAACGUAGACAACGAGAGAAUCGAAAGAAUUCUUUUCAUCGUGGAAAAGCUUGAGUUGCCUUUUGAAGAGGUGUCAGACGUCUUCGAUGCACACAAAGGGUCAAUGGAGCUUACCAUCAUCGAGUUCCUGGACCGGUACAUCAAGCAAGGUGUUGGCGUAUGGAGCGGCGAGGACGAUUACCGGAAGCAACGUGUUCAAGAGCUCAAGAAGCAAUACCGGCAUAUCCCCGAGCACUACCUUCCCCCUCUCGACGAAGUCACGCGUGGCGACCAUCAAUGGACCGAAGAGGUUGCUGUCUUGUUGAACCGCUACUUCGGCAAGCUGCCGGUAAAGCGUCUGGAAAUUAGCUACAAACUCGCGCCUCUGACGAGCACCGAGCUGGAGGGUUCGUCGGAAGGCUGGCAAAAAGUGCCCUCGCCCAAGACAUCGGCCAUGUCGCCAACUGGGCAUACGUUCAGCACGCCCGCUCUCUCUGGCCAUCUUUCGACCACGCCUCUUUCUUACCGGCAAGCAAUGGACACGGCGAGCGUAUAUCGCGAGGCCAGCAACCACUCGUACAGCAGCGCGGGGCAAGUGUACAAGAAGGGACAUCUCUACAGACAGGCAGCAGGAUACUAUGCUGAGCGUGGACGUGAGGAGGCGCGUAGUUUUGCCAAGGCCAAGAGUGUUGCUGCCGACAUACAUGUUGCGAGCACCAGCUCAGCCAACGAGAUCGACCUCCACGGCGUUGAGGUUGCCGACGGCGUCCGAAUCGCGCGGGAGCGCGUCUGGGACUGGUGGAACAACCUGGGAGAGUACAGGGCGAGGAAGGCUCAGGAGGGCUUCACGAUUGUUACGGGCCGGGGCCUCCAUAGUGCCGGAGGUGUCUCACGACUGCGACAAGGUGUUAUUGCCGCCCUUGUCAACGAUGGGUGGAAAGUGUCGAUUGGGACUGGAAGCUAUCGGGUAACGGGUCGCCGGUAG